AUGGCGUCGCACAGGCCAGCGGUAACGGCGACGAGCGAUAGCGGGGCCGUCGAGCUGACGAGGCACCAGCACGGCAAGUCGCGCGUGCGGCUGGGGCGCGUGUGGCGGCGCGGCGGCGAGCACGCGAUGGUGGAGUGGAGCAUCGACAUCGCGCUCGCCUCCAAGGCCGACGCGUCGUUCCUCGGCGACGAUUGCUCCGCGGUCGUCGCCACCGACACCAUGAAGAACACGGUGUACGUGCUGGCGAAGCAGUGCGCCAGCGAGUUACCACCAGAGCUGUUCGCCAUCAAGCUGGGCCGUCACUUUGUGUCCUUCUAUGAUGUGGUGACUGCAGCGUCCAUCCGCAUUGUGGAGCAGCCGUGGCAGCGCGUGCACGUGGGCGGACAGCCACACGACCACGGGUUCACGCUGGGCAGGGAGAGGCGCGUGGCGGAGGUGGAGGUGGAUGCGGCUGGGCAGCACAGAGUGAAGGCUGGUGUUGAAGAAUACUCGGUGCUCAAGACGACUCAGUCCGGCUUUGAGGGUUUCGUACGCGAUCAGAACACGCUGCUGCCAGACACAAGGGAGCGCAUCCUUGCCACCACAGUGCAGGCCACGUGGAGCUACUCGCGUGAGCCUCUGUGCGUCACUGCAGCCUACUCGGCGGCCAAGGCAGCCUUCACAGACUUUCACCCUGACCUGCUCUCUCCUCAACCAACCCUUCUGGUAUUCCCUCAACUGUUCCCGCCCCUCCAGCUACUCGUGCGAUCCCCCUGCUUCAAUGCAGCCUACUCAGCGGCCAAGGCAGCCCUGACAGACACUUUCUUUGGCCCGCCCCAAGGGGGUGUGUACAGCCCCUCAGUGCAGCGCACGCUUUACCUCAUGGGCGAGGAGGUGCUGUCAAGAGUGCCAGAGGCGGACAGUGUGCAUCUGAAGCUGCCCAAUCUGCACUUCAUCCCCAUCAACCUGCCAGGCAUCGGCCUCAAGCAUGAGGACGCCAUGUACUCACCCACCAGCGACCCUCCUGAUAGCAUCGACACGUGUGUGGGACCCCUGCACACUCGCCCCCCACUUGCUUCACCUACUCCUCCCUGCACCCCCUCACCCUGCCCCCUAUCACAUCAGUUUGAGGACGAUGUGUAUCUGCCCACCAGCGAGCCCCACGGCAGCAUUGAGGCGUGUGUCUCCCGCAAGACAGCAGCACUUACAGCAAGGCUUUAA